ACAUUGAACGGCCAGUAGUACUCUUCGAAUACUCAAACGUUUCACAUCUUCGAUGAAAUAUGAAGAUUCUUCUCCCGGCCGCAUUACUGAUGACGAUAUUUGGUUGGCAACUUGUUGUUGUGGCAUCAAACGAUGUCUGUCAUACCGAUGAAACGUCGUGCAUUAAAUCGUGUUGUAACUCAACAGAUUUUUAUCGCAUAAAUCCCGAAAAAUGUCACCUCGUCUGGAAGUAUUUUAACCUUUCGAUGGAUUCUAAACUGAAUGUCUUCAAUGGCAAUCAUCGUUAUAUGGAACUUUUGGUGAAAUUUUGGCAUGAUGUCAGUGUGCCGUGUUUACGUUCCGAGGAUAUACAAAUUUCAUGGCCGCGAAAGGAAUGGUCUUGGAUCGAAAAUCCGAACCAUAUUCCAGACUAUUGUUUUACCCAACACUAUAACGAUACCACGCAUAAAACCGACUUUAUACCACUGGACUGUGCCACCGAAUAUACAUGGUAUAGUUAUUCCCGAUAUGUAAUCAUCGUGGGCCUAAUAUUGUCGGUGUUGCUUCUCUUGUCCACCAUAUGUAUCUACUUAUUGAUCAAAGAUCUGAGGGGUAAUAUGCGUUUAAAACUCUUCAUAUGGUAUUUGACAUCACUGGUUAUGGCCCACACAUCGAUGAUAACCUGUGUCGAUGUCAUCUGGAGUUAUGGCAAUCAAAAAUAUUUGUCAGUUGUCAUUGGUUUCAUCUCAUCAUAUUUCUUCAUGUCCACAUUUCUCUCAAUGAACGUGAUUGGCUUUGAAAUUUGGAUAACGUUCAAGCAAUUGAGUGUGGAGAAUAAUUUGAGGAAUGAUCAGAAACGUUACACCCUCUAUGCCAUCUAUGUGUGGAGUAUACCAAUAAUUUUCUAUAUUUUAUACUUUUUGACGCUGAGUAGUUUCUGGUCAUUUGGUCCCGUUGUCAUAAUACUUUUCCUCAAUUUCUUCACCUUUGUCAUUUUGACGUAUAAAAUCUGCACAACACGUUACAAUGUGGCAAAUUUAACGGAUAAUCAAAAUCUUGUUGUCGAAACUGUUAAAAUCAUCUUGAGUUUAUUCUUUAUGAUGGGUAUACCACGUCUAAUAUUCUUCGUUUUUUUAUAUAUGAGUAAUUUGGCCUAUUACAUGAUCUCCAAGUAUAUUUUCCUAUCGAUAGAGGCUCCGCUGAUAUUUAAAUUAUUUGUUCUGAAGAAAAAUGUUUGGAAUAUGCUGAAGAAUAGAUUUUGGCACAAAUACAUCCAGGCUAACACAACAACAGAAGACGUUUCCGCCACUCCAUGAGAUUGAGUUCGCUAAGUUUGAAUUGUUCAGUUCCUGUGAUAUUGGAAAGAUAAAGAAGAAGAAUUGUUUGUGGGAAAAUCUGUAUGAAAAUCCACACCAUGUGCCUUAUGUAUUGGAACAAUUAAUUUAAUAAUUUAA